AUGACUUCUCUGGCAGGAAAAUCGAUAACAACAUUGGAUAUGAUUGCAUUAAUUAUGUAUUUUGUUUUAUUAAUAUCAGCCGGUUUCUAUUCAAUGUUCAAAUAUAAUCGUUCCACUGUUAAAGGCUACUUUUUGGCUAGUCGUCAAAUGCCUUGGAUAUGUAUCGGUGCCUCACUUUUUGCCAGUAAUAUUGGAGCAGAACAUUUCAUUGGUCUGGCUUCGAGUGGAGCAGCAAAAGGUCUUAGCGUUGGUGCAUUCGAAUUGAAUGCGAUUGCUGUUAUGCAAAUACUUGGUUGGGUGUUUCUACCUGUAUUUAUUUCCAGUGGCGUAUCAACAUUACCACAAUAUAUGUCAAAACGUUUUGGUGGACAAAGAAUUCGUGUUUAUCUAGCAUGUUUAUAUCUCUUACUCUACAUAUUAACAAAAAUAAGUGUAAACAUUUAUGCCAGUUCAUUAUUUAUCAAUUAUGCAUUUGGAUGGAACUUAUAUUUAAGUGUAUUACUUGUGUUAGGUUUAACAGCACUUUGUACAGUCACUGGAGGAUUAGCAACGGUAAUUUAUACUGAUUCAGUACAGGCAUGUAUCAUGUUAAUAGGUGGUUUUAUAUUAAUGAUUAUUUCAUUUAAUAAAAUUGGCGGUAUUUCAAAUUUAUAUCGACAAUAUUUAUUGGCUGUACCAAGUUACACAAAUAGUACAAUACCUUCAUACACGUCAGUAUUUAGUAAUCAAACAACGACUGGAAUAUGUGGAAAACCAAGCGUAAAAUCAUUUCAAAUGCUGCGUUCUUACAAAGAUCCAGAUAUGCCUUGGUUAGGCUUUUUUCUUGGGCACACACCAAAUACAAUAUGGUAUUGGUGUUCGGAUCAAAUGAUGGUACAACGCGUUCUGGCAGCUAAGACUUUAUCGCAUGCACGUGGUGGUACUUUAUUAGCAGGCUAUCUGAAAAUUCUGCCUCUGUUUAUGAUUAUUUUACCUGGUAUGAUUAGUCGUUCGUUAUUCCCAAAUACUGUUGGUUGUAAUCAACCAUCUGUAUGUGAAAAAUUAUGUAAUAGUAAACGUAGUUGUACAAAUAUUGCUUAUCCAGCUCUAAUCUUAAAUGUACUACCGGAUGGUUUGAAAGGCAUCAUGUUAGCUGUGAUGUUGGCUGCACUUAUCUCCGGUCUUACAUCUAUUUUCAACUCAGCUUCCACUUUAUUCACCAUUGACAUAUAUCCAAAUUUAUUAUUCAGAAGAAAAGACAAAAUAACAAAUCGUGAAUUAAUGAUUGUUGGACGUUUAUUUGUUAUAUUAAUGACUGUUUUUGGUAUAGCAUGGAUUCCCAUUGUAAUUGAAAUGCAAGGGAGUGAAUUAUACAUAUACAUGCAACAAGUUAUUGGCUUCUUAGCACCACCCAUCGCUUGCAUAUAUAUUUUGGCUAUCUUAUGGAAACGUGCAAAUGAAGUUGGUGCAUUCAGUGGUCUAAUGGUAGGAUUUGCAUUUGGUUUACUUCGUAUGAUAUUAGAAUUUUCACAUAUACCACCACUUUGUGGACAAGUUGAUCGACGUCUAUUAUUUAUUCGUAAAAUUAAUUUUAUGUAUUAUGCCAUAUUUCUCUUUUGGUUAACAUUAAUAACAUGUGUCAUUGUAUCCCUAUGUACCAAACCGCCAACGAAAGAGCAAUUAUUUAGAACAACAUAUUGGACCCGCAAACAAAAGAGUAUGAAUAGAGAUUUGGUUGUAAUAGAAUUACCAGACACAGUUUCCGAUGUAGCAGCUAUACUCAAUCAACCAACAUAUGAGAAAACAUCAUUUGAAUAUGAUUCACAUAAUUCUACAUAUCAAUCGUAUCCAGUUUGUGAACAACUACAACCGGAUGCAUUGUUGAACAGUAAACCUGACCAAACCGAUCAAAAAUAUCUUGAUACUGGAUCGAUUACUCGUAUUUGUACAGCUCGAACUAGUGUAACAAAUAUGGACGAAAUAAGUAGUUCAUCAAAAAACAUUAUAAAAAUACCACGUGGAAAUAGGCGAGACGAUAGUUGUAUGGCAUUUAAAUAUUUGAAACAAUUUGGAUCAUGGUUUUGUGGAUUAGAAGAAGAAAAACAGACUGCUAUUGUUAAUGAAGAGAAAGAAAAUAGUUUGAAUGAACAAAAUCAAACUGAACAACCAACAGAAACACGACUAAUAAUGUUAAAGCAACGGUCACACAUUAAAUGGAUACUAAAUAUUAAUUUAUUGAUAUUAAUUCUAAUCGAAAUUUUACUUUUUGUUCUCUUUUCAUUACCAGCUAAAUAUACAUUUUUGAGAAAUAACUAG